AUUGCGCAGUUCACCGAUGAAUUGUGAGAUAAUGACUUGGCACUUGUGGGCAGUCUAAAUUUUUUGUGUGAAAUGCAUAAUAUAGGGAACGUCAAGCAAGGACCCGAGUCAGCGAUUCCCAGCGUCAGUGUUAGCAGCGACUGUGUGCAAACAGAAGUCCUAAGACAAACCCGGAAACGUGAAGCUGAAAUCCAGUCCUGGUUUUUCUGAGCUCUUUGCAAAAGUGAAACUGCUCUGUUAUUUUUCAGUAGUCGAAAAUGACCAAAAUUAAGACGUGGCAUUUUCUGUGCAGGGAGGGACAUGAGUCUGUCCGGGGGUGACUGGAGUCUCAGAAAGGUUGAGACCCACUUCUCUGAGCCGGGGCAGCAAUUCUGCAAACACAAGCGCUCCUCGUUCUGCCGGCAUGCCAGUGUGGAAUGAGACUUCAAGAAAAAACAUGGCCACCCUGGCAAACCUUCUGUAUGUUGGCUGGGUGACCGCUGCCAUCAUCGUCCGGGCAGGCUGUGAACGUCCCAUAAUUAAAGGGUUCAUCAAUGAGGAUGUGCUGCUGCCCUGCAUAGCUGAACAAAAGGGCCCCUUCCACCUGGAAGAGGUUGUGGUUAAUUGGCAGAGUUCAGACAAUCGGGAAAUCAUGCACAGCUUCUACCACGGCAAGGACCAUCCAGAGCACCAAGCGGAAAGGCUGCGGGGAAGAACCCAGCUCUUUCCCCAGGAGUUCCCCAACGGCAACGCGUCCCUGUUGUUGAGAAGAUUAUCCAUCCAGGAUGCAGGGAAUUAUACCUGUCACGCUGUUGUAUAUGAUGCAGCUCCUUCUACUGAGCACAACCUCCAGCUUCACGUCCUAGAGGAAGAAGUCCCAAUAAAACAAGGAAACAACCGGCUCCUUUUUCUCUUUGCCUUUAUGGCCAUUUUACUCCUAGUUCUCCUAGUGGUGGUUACUUUCCUCAUUAAAAAGAAGUGUAAAAAGUCUGAUUCAUGCAGCGCAGAAGAUGCAGAGAAGCUGAUUGAGGACAGGAAUGCAGAAGUCCUGGAACGUUUCAGACGGGCGGUUUGCGAGAGAUCUGCACCCUGCUACAAACUGUUUUCAGAGAAAGAAUCAGAUAACACCUUAGACAGGAAACUAUACAUGAUAAGCGGGAAAAAGCUACGCGCAGCCAGUGAAAUAACCAAUUAUAUAUAUCGAAGUCAGGAGAAAGUGGCUAGCAUACAGCCCGAAGAGCUGUUCACCACUAAGAAACCAAAUGCCACACGGAUGUUACUGGUGGGAAAUACUGCCAAGAUAAUCAGCCGUACCUGUAAGAGGCUGCAACAGAAGUGGGCUUCAGAGGAAAACAAGGUGGUCUACGGGUGUGUGACCUAUAUACCAUGCAGGGAGCUGAAAUCUAGUGAGAGGCCAAUGAGUGUGAGAGAGCUGCUGGAACAGCAGUGCAAAGAGCUAGCCCCCGUUCUGCCUGAUCUUCUCAGUACCGGAACAGUGCUCGUUAUUCUCGAUGGACUAGAGGAGUUCAAGGAUGAUCUGAGUGACACGCAGUCCUCUGGGAGUCUGGAUAUCGAUACCCCUUUAGUCAUCAGCGCUCUGGUCUGGAAAGUCAUCACCAAGGAUCUUCUCCCAGAAACAGAUGUUCUGGUAACUGCCCAGCUAACUACAGUGAGUGAAAUCGGGAAGCAUUUUGAGGACAUAUUUGUAAUCUUUGACUUCACUUCUGAUCAGAUUAAGCAAUAUUUUGACAUAGGUCUUCAAAGAAAAGAAAUAUUUCAUUGUAACUUUGGUGCCGUGACAAAGCAGGAGCUGUUGCCUUUGGUAGCUGUUCCUCUCCAAAUUGAUCUUUUGUGUGAUGCAUUGAUGACUGUUUCCAAAAACCUGGAUAUCAGAAAUGAGCAACUUACACCUGAUGAGAGGGUGUCUUCUUCUUCGCAGCUCAGUUCAAGGACCCUGGAAGCAGGUGGCACUGAUACAACACCUCCUGCCCCAGUGCUGAAUGUAGACUCCAAAUUUCUAGAAGAUAUUAAAGAAAUUACCUUUCGUCUGGCAAAGAUGUGUUAUGACUGUCUGGUCUCCGAUGCACAGGAGAUACAGAGAGAGGAACUUGAGAGGUAUCGUGUUGAUCCUGACCUUCUCACAAAGCAUUUUCCCCAUUUCUUUUUAAGUAGAAAAGAGAAUACAUUUUUUGUGACUCAGCAUCCUGGUGUAAGGAGCAUGUUUGCUGCCUUGCACUGUGUCCGGCAGAUCCAGGAUGCAGAAGAGCUGAAGGAGUGCCUGGAUACCUGGGUUUCUGGGUAUCUCCCUGCACAAGGAAAAAGCAAAAGCCUCCUAAAGGUUGUCCCCUUCAGUUGUCCAGCAGAAAGGCAACAUUUCAUCAGGUUUUUCAUGGCUCUCUUGCCUUACAAAAACACCAAAGACUUCUUAUGGGGCCCACGUCUACUCAGUGGUGCUCUAAGAAGACCUCUGCGGAAGUGGUUUGAGGCCUGGAUUGCUCAAGGCCUUGACAAAAUGCAUUUGCUCAACCUUUUCCAUUGUGUGUUUGAGCUGCACGACACCUCUCUGACCCAGGAUGUGUCAUGUUGCUUUACGCACAUCACUUUGCACCACAUUCCCCUCAGCCCUGCAGACAUUGGAGCUAUGAAAUACAGCCUGGAGAAGUCCACGCUGCAAGUGUUAGACUUAAGGCUGUGCGACCUCCAGGAUGAAAACUUGGAGCAACUGGACUCUGUAAUGAAGAGCUGUACACAAGUCUGGAUAAGUUACAAUAAGCUGACUGAAAAAUCUGGAAGAAUCCUGCAAAGAGUCCUUGAAUACCCCAACUGCAGGGUGCAAUACCUCUCGGUACUUGUCAAUAAAUUGGGUUCCAACGGAGCUAAGCACCUGUGGACGGCACUGGAGACGAACAGGAGCUUGAAGAUACUUCACUUGUACGGUAACAGCAUCAAAGAUGAAGGUGUAGAAAAUCUGGCUCAAAGCUUAUGGAAGAACUGCUCUCUCCAGUUGUUAAACUUGUGUGCAAAUAAGUUUGGAAAUGCAGGAAUCCAAAACAUUGAGGAAGUGAAAAGGCACCGCCCUGACUUGCAGGUUGUAUUGAAGAUGACAGAAAGCAAAGAGCUGCUUGAUGAAGUGAUAGAAAUGGUGGAGGAGGUAUUCAGCGAACAGCACGCAUUUGACAAAAAGUGGCUCCUAAAAACUAUUCAGACUGCCAAGAAAGAUCUUUAUGAUGACGGGAAUCUGAGGGAGCCUGUGAGAGGAAAAGUAAUAAAGCUAAAAAAGUUGUUGAGAAAGGUUGAAGACCAGUUCCAAGCACAAGAGCCUGGGAAAGACUGUAAACUCAAGUUUACUUAGAAGGUAGGCUAAAAAGGCAAAUUCUUCCAAAGCAGAAAAGUGCUGCAGUUUUAGUGCUAGAAUGCGCUUUGAAUUAUUUCAGCCCUUAGAAGAUGUGCAUUUCAUACUUGAAAUCUUUGCACCCAGUGAGAAGCCUAGAUGCAUAGAUUCAUAGAUUCAUAGAUGUUAGGGUCAGAAGGGACCUCAAUAGAUCAUCGAGUCUGACCCCCUGCAUAGGCAGGAAAGAGUGCUGGGUCUAGAUGACCCCAGCUAGAUACUCGUCUAACCUCCUCUUGAAGACCCCCAGGGUAGGGGAGAGCACCACCUCCCUUGGGAGCCCGUUCCAGACCUUGGCCACUCGAACUGUGAAGAAGUUCUUCCUAAUGUCCAGUCUAAAUCUGCUCUCUGCUAGCUUGUGACCAUUGUUUCUUGUAACCCCUGGGGGCACCUUGGUGAAUAAAACCUCACCAAUUCCCUUCUGUGCCCCCGUGAUGAACUUAUAGGCAGCCACAAGGUCGCCUCUCAACCUUCUCUUGCGGAGGCUGAAAAGGUCCAGUUUCUCUAGUCUCUCCUCAUAGGGCUUGGUCUGCAGGCCCCUGACUGUACGAGUGGCCCUUCUCUGUACCCUCUCCAGGUUAUCCGCAUCCCUCUUGAAUUGCGGCGCCCAGAAUUGCACGCAGUACUCCAACUGCGGUCUGAGCAGCGCCCGAUAGAGGGGAAGUAUCACCUCCCUGGACCUAUUCAUCAUGCAUCUGCUGAUGCACGAUAAAGUGCCAUUGGCUUUUCUGAUGGCUUCGUCACACUGCCGGCUCAUGUUCAUCUUGGAGUCCACUAGGACUCCGAGAUCCCUUUCCACCUCCGUGCCACCCAGCAGGUCAUUCCCUAGGCUGUAGGUGUGCUGGACAUUUUUCCUCCCUAGGUGCAGCACUUUGCAUUUCUCCUUGUUGAACUGCAUCCUGUUGUUUUCUGCCCACUUGUCCAGCCUAUCCAGGUCUGCCUGCAGCUGUUCCCUGCCCUCCGGCGUGUCCACUUCUCCCCACAGUUUUGUGUCAUCUGCAAACUUGGACAGAGUACAUUUCACUCCCUCAUCCAAGUCGCUGAUGAAGACAUUAAAGAGUAUCGGUCCAAGGACCGAACCCUGCGGGACCCCACUGCCUACACCCUUCCAGGUCGAGACCGACCCAUCUACCACGACUCUCUGGGUGCGACCCUCUAGCCAAUUCGCCACCCACCGGACUGUGCAGUCAUCCACAUCACAGCCUCUUAACUUGUUCACCAGUAUGGGGUGGGAUACCGUAUCGAAGGCCUUCCUGAAGUCCAGGUAUACGACAUCCACCCCUCCUCCUGUGUCCAGGCGUUUCGUAACCUGGUCAUAAAAAGAGACUAGGUUGGUCAGGCACGAUCUGCCAGCCACAAACCCGUGCUGGUUUCCCCUCAGCAUAAUUUGUCCUGCCGGGCUCUCACAAAUGUGAGCCUUGAUAAUUUUUUCAAAUACUUUACCAAGGAUGGAGGUGAGACUGACCGGCCUAUAGUUGCCCGGGUCCUCCUUCCUCCCCUUUUUGAAAAUGGGGACCACGUUAGCCCUUUUCCAGUCCUCCGGGACUUGGCCCGUGCGCCACGAGCGUUCGAAUAUUCCCGCCAGUGGCUCUGCAAUGACGUCGGCCAGUGCCUUCAGCACCCUCGGAUGGAGCCCAUCCGGGCCUGCCGACUUAAAGGCAUCCAGUUCUUCCAAGUGACUCUGCACCACCUCAGGGUCUACGCAUGGCAGUCUGGCGCCUUGCUGCUGCCUCUCUGCAACCCCAGUGAGAGACUUGUCGUGCCCCUCGCUUAGGAACACUGAGGCAAAGACCUCGUUGAGGAGUUCAGCCUUGUCCCCCCUAUCUGUCACCAAUUGCUUCUGCCCAUUUAGCAGCGGUCCUAUUCCUCCCUGGGCCUUCCUUUUACUCCCAAUAUAUCUAAAAAACAAUUUCUUGUUGUCCUUUACUUGGGAUGCCAUCCUCAGCUCCAUGGUAGCUUUGGCCCGUCUAACUGCCUCCCUCCCUACAAGCACGAGCAGAGGAGGUAUAUUCAUCUUUAGUGAUCUCACCCUGUUUCCACUUUUUAUGUGCUCCCCUUUUGGCCCUUAGGCUGCCCUGGAUUUCUCUGGUCAGCCAUGGAAGCCUCCUGGCCCCUUUCCCUCUUUUGCCUCGCUCGGGGAUCGUCUUGCUUUGUGCCCAAAGGAUCGUUUCCUUUAGGCACAGCCACCCUUCUUGGGCUCCCAUCCCUUCAAAACUCCUACUCUGCAGUGCGUCCUUGACUAAUCGCCUGAGUGCAAUGAGAUCAGCUUUCCUAAAGUCUAGCACUUUCACCCUACUAGUUACCUUACCCACUCGACGUCUUAUGGUGAAUUCUAUUAUUAGGUGAUCACUGUCCCCGAGAUGGCUACCGAUCUGGAGGUCCCCUAUCAUGUCAUCCCCCGUUGCCAAUACCAGAUCCAGUAUGGCAUUCCCCCUAGUGGGACCAUGCAUUCAUAUCACUUAAGACAACCUCUGUAGAUGUACCGCUUACCACCUGCGUUAGUGGAAAAUUUCUAACCACCAGUCGAGUAGCAGAAUUCAAGGGCUACAUUCCCAGCCAGAUAACCAGCAAGCAAAGGCCUGAGCAGGAGUUUUUCCCCACUUUGGCCUACCUGAGCUUGCAAGGUCAGGAGCAUCUGGCUGAUGUUUCUGCCUCUGUGCUGGUUCUGCUAUGUGGAGGGCUACCCCUGGCAAUGAGGAGAGCAAGCCAGGGGUCGGAGGUGUAGCAGAGCAGCAGUGCCCCUCCUGGAAGUCACUGCCUGGGGCUGCUGUCCCGGCCACCCAGCCACAGGUCCGAUCCAGGAGCACUUCUGUAGCAGGGAAAAUGGGAGAAUGGGUUUUGUAGGCAACUGUUGCCCAUAUCUUUAAACAGUGAGAAACUGUGUCAAACUUUCUAUCUGAUUAUCCCAUAGUUUGGAAAAUCCAGGGAAUUAUGUACGUUCUGAUUGCAAUCCCAAUUAUGAUAUAGUUUAGGAGACUCUGAACACAGCGUAUUUAACUGCUCGUGAUUAUCCUUGCCGUAUUCUCGUCUCAUACUCCGUGUGCUGAAGACCAGGCGGGUAGUGCCUGAACGUGCAUGACUGACUACCAGGGAGAGCUAAACUUCUAGGAGGAAGAGGGAACCUCUUGACUGUAGGACCAGUCAAAACUGACAAGGAGAGCUUGGCCACCGGGGUCAGAAAAGAGACUGCACGUUUGGAGAAGAAGCAGAGACCGAUAGAAGUGUUCAGGUACCCUGAAAGGUCACAGACCCUAAGACUGCUCAGGGAUAGGAAGGGAACUGAAACAGGGAUUUGCAUGUGGAUGCUUGAUUUGCCCUAGGUUUUCAUAGAUUUCAUAGACAUUUGGGCUGGAAGGGACCCUGGAGGGUCAUCAAGUCCAGCCCCCUGCCCCCGGGGCAGGAAGUCAGCAGGGAUCAUAGGAUCCCAGCAAGAUAAGCAUCCAAAUGUAUCUUGAAGGCAUUCAAAGUGGGUGCUUGAACCGCCUCCGGUGGCAGGCUGUUCCAGACCUUGAGGGCUCAGACAGUAAAGAAGUUCUUCCUUAUGUCCAGCCUGAAACGGUCGCGGUGGAGUUUGUGACCAUUCGACCGUGUCAUCCCUUGGGGCGCUCUGGUGAACAGAUGUUCCCCCAGAUCCUGCUGAGCACCCCUGAUAAAAUUAUAGGUGGCCAUCAGUUUUGCAUAUUGUCUGUCUAGAGAAAAAAAGCAAGUGUGGUAGGCCACUAUAAAGCAGCAGAUGCAGGCUUUUUAGCCAUCAUGUAUGCCUGAAGUGGGAAACUGUCAUUCAGAGUGCUCAUGGGGCUGGCAAGGGAGUGUCUAAGCUGUUUGAGGGCCUGGGAAAAUUGGCCUUGAGCAUUUGCGUGUUGAAGUCCUGGCUCUGAAAUGAGAGUGUUGGAUAUAGGGGAGAGUAAAAGGAGGAGAGAGAAUAAAUAAGUAAAACGUGUUUGUCUGUUUCUGCAGGAAUUUGGACGCUAGUCAUUUUAACUGAGAAGCACAGAGUGGCUCAAAUGCUGUUAUAGGGCAUUACAGCCCCCAUGCACAGCAGGGAGACCAAGAGCAGCAUCUGGUCUCAGCCCAGGGGUAUGGCUAUUUUGUGUUAGUAUUUUUUGCCUUCAUUCUUAAUGCUCUUUGAAAAGCAACACUGGGCACGCAGUAGGCAAAGUCAAGCUUGCGUGAAGCGCUGCGGUAUAUUAGAGCAUUUAUGGCAGUGAACAUAUAUAGCCUUGCUGGCACUUCCAUCAUAACCCUGUACAUUUAUAGCCUCCUGCAAUGUUCCUCCUUCAAGCUAGAGCAUUGAAUACUGCACAGACGCCAGUAGAAGGCUUCAUUCAAUAAUGAUAUUUGCUGACAGAUAUUUUAGAAGCUAAAUUCAGUCAUAUGAACUAAUAUCAGUCAUAUAUAUUCUUGUUAAAAUACUGACAAUCCCAUUUGUGUUGGGGCCUCAUGUGCAUUUGAGAAACAAUCUCUGGGAGGAUUUAUUCCCUUUAAAAAGGGAGACUGUGGAAGGGUAGGGGAUGGAGGUUAAAUAGAAAAUUGGUCCCAAACAUAAUAGUGUUUUUGUGCUUUAAAUGGGAGAGUCAGUAAGUGAACAACAUAAGUAUUUCAUUAGUAUAAGCAUUAUAAUAAGUAUUAUUAUUAUAUAGGCAAUGUUAUAAACAAAAAUUACUUGGCUACAUCACUGACUAAUAGCAUCAUACUGAUUCUUCAUCGGGGAUUUGUCAUGCAUUCAGCCAUCACUGACCGUAGCCAAUUUUGCCAUUUCUACAACAGGGAUUUAUAGCUAUCACUACAAGACUUACCUGGCACUCACUCUGCACCUUAGUUAGUCUAAAACAAUGUUAAACUUGAUUAGAGCAGUGGCACUCAACCUUUUGGCCCCAUGCACCGGAUACGCAGAGCAAGUGUGGAUCAGACUCCAUGCACCAAGACCGGGCCUGCAUGGCCUUGGCUGGCCCCCACCUGCCAUUUCAGUAAUAGAGAUAGUGAUGACUGGUUGCCAGUGGCUGUCAUCAGGGCAAAUUCAUAGAGUUGGAGUAAUGCAAAACAUUCUCUCCUUGCCAUUUAGGGGUGAGUUAAGCUAACUUGUAUUUGUCUGUGGACUAUGUCCAGUUCCAAUAAAGGUGAAUGUUCUUUUCACCAGA